AUGGGGAAGCCAUUUCAAAGGGUUCAUGCCUCUAUAGUAGGCAAGUUCCCAGACGGCCUCGGCGAAAAGAUCCCACAGUGGAUUCGGGCAAAUGGAGGGCAGUUCUCGAGAGACGUGAGCCCGCGAGUUACACAUCUCAUUGCCACAAAGGAGGCGUUCAAAAGCAAUGCAGUUCCAGUGGAAACUGCCAAGAAGAUCAGCACCGUUAAGAUCGUCUCAUACGAUUGGCUUGAAGACUCGCUGCAGUCAAACACUCGCCGGCCAAAGCCCGAGGGACCAUAUCUUCUGAAGAAUCUGAUGAAGCCCGAGAAGAAGGAAGUCCAGAAGAACAAGGUCACGCCGAAGUCCGCAAAGGUGGUCAAGGAGACCAGAGCCAAGAUCUCAAAACGUCGGAUAGCCGUGCGUCAGGUGUACCAGGACAGAAAGACCAACGUGGUUUACAGCGUCACCCUAUUCCGCCCAUCGAAGCCACCAGUCACUAGCAGAGAAAAAUACCAAUUGACUCUUUUCGAAUCCAUCGCCAAACCACACACCUACUCGACCUAUGCCAAAUUCAGCCGCGUUGGCACAUCCAAUGUCGAACUUCUGGCGGGACCAAGGUGCAAGCUCGAGCUUGCUUUGGACAAAUUCAAGCAGUUCUUCAAGGAACGGACUGGCAAGGAAUGGGAGGAAAGGGCAAACGGAAAGAUGCCACCUCCAAAGAACGACCCGGACGGAAACAGCUUGCCUGUUCAGGAGGGAUGGUUCUAUCUGGAAGAGAAGACGACUAUCCUCGGUGCAUUCCUCAGAGAGCCCCAGAUCACAGGUUGUCCAGGAUCGACUGACCACAGCGCAUGCGAUGGUAUCAAGAAGGAUGGUAUCGACGAUGGUAUCGAGGACAAGGUGGCAAAUCACCAAGUCGAAGAUGGCGGUAAAGAUGGCGGCGAAGAUGGGGGUGAGGAUGGAGGUAAAAAUGGGGGUAAAGAUGGAGGUGAAGACGGAUCUGAAGCUGAUGAUGCUGAUGACGAGGAGGAGGAAAUGGAUAGGUAG